ACAUACUUGUGCCCCCAACCCAAGCACAUAUAGGGAAAAAGUUCAGAGGUAGCUUUCGGUUCGUUCCUUUUUUAUUCUUUCGCUGACUGUUCAUCUCUUCACUUUCCUCACCUCUAUAUCUCUACUCUUCAAGGCACUGUAUUCUCUCUUCUUCCCAAAUCUCCUAAUUGCAAAGCUUUAACAUUUCCAUUUCAGAUGGCUGUUGAUCCGUGGUUUUCUAUUUUUCUGGAUUCAGGCACAAAUGUUUGCAUGCGAAUGCACAUUCUGGUUUUCUGUUUUCAAACAAUAAUGGCUUUGCAAACUUCAACUUCUCCCAGUGCCGAAGUAGUUGGAAAUGCUUUUGUCGAGCAGUAUUACCAUAUUCUUCACACCUCACCAGAAGUGGUCUACAGGUUUUAUCAGGAUUCAAGUGUGCUAAGCCGGCCAGAUGCCAAUGGCGUAAUGACAUCAGUCGCAACCAUGCAAGGUAUCAAUGAGAAGAUACUUUCAUUGAACUUCAAGGAUUAUAAGGCAGAAAUAAAAACGGCAGAUGCUCAAAAAUCUUAUAAAGAAGGGGUUACUGUGUUAGUAACUGGAUGCUUAAUGGGCAAGGACAACUUGAAAAGGAAAUUUGCCCAGUCAUUUUUUCUUGCACCACAGGACAAUGGAUAUUUUGUUCUGAAUGAUGUUUUCACAUUUGUGAAGGAUGAUGAACCAUUGGAGAACAAUCCAGUUAACAAUAUUGACAGCGCCCCAACAGUCCCCUCAAACCCAGAUUCAGAGCCUUCUCAUGUUCCUGAUCCUUCUGCACCAGACCCAGCUGCUUUAGUUGUGGAACAUGAUAAACAAGCUGUUGAGGAAGCUAAUGAUCCUGUAGACUCUGAUAUAGAGCGAGUUUAUGAAAAAGAGGUGGUUGUGGAAACUCAAUCUGAUUCCAAUUGGAAUAAUGAUUCUGUCGUUGUUGAAUCAGCUUCUUCCAUUGCUCAAGAGGACAUUCCAAAGAAAUCUUAUGCAUCGAUUGUUAAAGUGGCAAGAGGGAGUACGGGCCCAACAAAAGUUUAUAUACCUACUAAUGCAGUAAAAGUGGCUCCUAAGAAACUUGAGACAAAUUCUGUGUUAGUGGCACCAGCCACAGGGCCUGAAGCAUCAGUGCCAAGCAGCAAUGAAACUCCUGAAAGUAGUAAUGCUCAAGAGGAUGAAGGCCACUCCAUUUAUAUCCGUAAUUUGCCCUAUAGCACGACAUCUGAUCAGCUUGAGGGGGAGUUCAAGAAAUUUGGACCAAUCAAGCCAGGAGGUGUCCAAGUCAGAUUUAACAGGCAACAGGGAUACUGUUUUGGUUUUGUUGAAUUUCAUUCUGCAAGCUCCAUGAACAGUGCUAUUGAGGCGUCACCCAUGACUAUUGGAGGGCGUCAAGCAGUUAUUGAGAUGAAGAGAACAUCCACUCGAGUUGCCGUUAGUGGAAGAGGUAGGUUCCCUUCUGGAAGGGUAGGACGUCGGAAUGACAGCUUCAGGGAGCGUGGAAAUUAUGGUGGUGGCCGAGGUUUUGGCAGGAAUGAGUUUGGAAACCGGGGUGAAUUUUCUGGUCAUGGCAGGAGUUCAGCUGGGAGAGGUGAAGGCUACCAGCAAGGGAGAGGUAGAGGUGGCCGUUCAAGCGGCUCAAAGCAGAACACUAAUUCCGCGUAAAACUAACACCUUGACUUUUUGGCACUGUAAUUUUGAUAUUGUUAGUGCGCAGGUUUCGGAAGGAUUAAAGUUUGCUUUCUAUUUAGGCAUUCAAUUGAGAAAUAACUGUUGAUUCAGAAUCAGAGUAAUGUUGAGAGGAAAAGGCAUUUGCCUUGGCUUUUAGGAACCUUUUUGUUUUUACAGAAUUAGGAGUAGGCCCAGAAUUUCCAUAGAUUGAUUUUCUAGAGACUUCUGAUGAUGAUUAAGUUCAUCCCCUAGGUUAGUUAGAAACUGUUGUUACUCUAAUUUUAUUGCAUAGUUGUAAUUGGUAGCUGUAACAAUCCCAAUAUUUCAAUGGAUCGAUUUGCGGGAAUGAGUGCACGCCUCCA